GCAGACGCGCCCCGGGGGCCCCAGUCCACCGCAGGAACCCGGAGCCGGGCGGGUCUGGGGUCCUACCGGCGCGCCCCAUCUGUGCGCCGGGAGUCGGGAGUCUUGGGCGUUCUGGGCGCGCCGCAGCUGUGGCGUCCGCUGUGGUGAGGGCCGCGGGCAACUGCCGGAGCCAGCGUCUGCAUCCCGGGACGCCUGGGCCGAGCGCAGGAGCCAGAACGGGAGCGGAGAACCGCGGUCCGGUGUUGAGGGGUGGCUGCUCUCCUAAAGUAACCGGGGAUCAAAAGUCCUAAUUUAUGGGGUACCAGCUGGAGGAUGAGUCUGCGCAUUUGGAUGAAAUGCCACUAAUGAUGUCUGAAGAAGGCUUUGAGAAUGAGGAAAGUGAUUACCAUACCUUACCACGGGCCAGGAUAAUGCAAAGGAAAAGAGGACUGGAGUGGUUUGUCUGUGAUGGCUGGAAGUUCCUCUGUACCAGUUGCUGUGAUUGGCUGAUAAAUAUUUGUCAAAGAAAGAAAGAACUGAAAGCUCGCACAGUAUGGCUUGGAUGUCCUGAAAAGUGUGAAGAAAAACAUCCCAGGAAUUCUAUAAAAAAUCAAAAAUACAAUGUGUUUACCUUUAUACCUGGGGUUUUGUAUGAACAAUUCAAGUUUUUCUUGAAUCUCUAUUUUCUGGUAAUAUCCUGCUCACAGUUUGUGCCAGCAUUGAAAAUAGGCUAUCUCUACACCUACUGGGCUCCUCUGGGAUUUGUCUUGGCUGUGACUAUGACACGGGAAGCAAUCGAUGAAUUUCGGCGUUUUCAGCGUGACAAGGAGGUGAAUUCACAGCUAUAUAGCAAGCUUACAGUAAGAGGUAAAGUGCAAGUUAAGAGUUCAGACAUACAAGUUGGAGACCUCAUCAUAGUGGAAAAGAAUCAAAGAAUUCCAUCGGACAUGGUGUUUCUUAGGACUUCCGAAAAAGCAGGUUCGUGUUUUAUUCGAACUGAUCAACUAGAUGGUGAAACUGACUGGAAGCUGAAGGUGGCAGUGAGCUGCACGCAACGGCUGCCGGCUCUGGGGGACCUUUUUUCUAUCAAUGCUUAUGUUUAUGCUCAGAAACCACAAAUGGACAUUCACAGUUUUGAAGGCACAUUUACCAGGGAAGACAGUGACCCGCCCGUUCAUGAAAGUCUCAGCAUAGAAAAUACAUUGUGGGCAAGCACCAUUGUUGCAUCGGGUACUGUAAUAGGUGUUGUCAUUUAUACUGGAAAAGAGACUCGAAGUGUAAUGAACACAUCCAAUCCAAAAAAUAAGGUUGGUUUGUUGGACCUUGAACUCAAUCGGCUGACGAAAGCACUAUUUUUGGCUUUAGUUGCUCUUUCUGUUGUCAUGGUAACCUUACAAGGAUUUGUGGGUCCAUGGUACCGCAAUCUUUUUCGGUUCCUUCUCCUCUUUUCUUACAUCAUUCCCAUAAGUUUGCGUGUGAACUUGGACAUGGGCAAAGCGGUGUAUGGAUGGAUGAUGAUGAAAGACGAGAACAUCCCUGGCACAGUCGUUCGGACCAGCACUAUCCCAGAGGAACUUGGGCGCCUGGUGUAUUUACUGACAGACAAAACAGGAACCCUCACCCAGAAUGAAAUGGUAUUUAAGCGGCUCCACCUGGGCACCGUGUCCUAUGGAGCCGACACAAUGGAUGAGAUCCAGAGCCAUGUCAGGGACUCCUACUCACAGAUGCAGUCUCAAGCUGGUGGAAACAAUACUGGUUCAACUCCACCAAGAAAAGCCCAAUCUUCAGCUCCCAAAGUUAGGAAAAGUGUCAGCAGUCGAAUCCAUGAAGCCGUGAAAGCCAUCGUGCUGUGUCACAACGUGACCCCUGUGUAUGAGUCUCGGGCCGGCGUUACUGGGGAGACUGAGUUCGCAGAGGCUGACCAAGACUUCAGUGAUGAGAACCGCACCUACCAGGCUUCCAGCCCCGAUGAGGUCGCUCUGGUGCAGUGGACAGAGAGUGUGGGCCUCACGCUGGUCAGCAGGGACCUCACCUCCAUGCAGCUGAAGACCCCCAGCGGCCAGGUCCUCAGCUUCUGCAUCCUGCAGCUGUUCCCCUUCACCUCGGAGAGCAAGCGGAUGGGCAUCAUCGUCAGGGAUGAAUCCACGGCAGAAAUCACAUUUUACAUGAAGGGCGCUGAUGUGGCCAUGUCUCCUGUCGUGCAGUAUAACGACUGGCUGGAAGAGGAGUGCGGAAACAUGGCUCGCGAAGGACUGCGGACCCUCGUGGUUGCAAAGAAGGCGUUGACAGAGGAGCAGUACCAGGACUUUGAGAGCCGAUACACUCAGGCCAAGCUGAGCAUGCACGACAGGUCCCUCAAGGUGGCCGCGGUAGUUGAGAGCCUGGAGAGGGAGAUGGAACUGCUAUGCCUCACCGGCGUGGAGGACCAGCUGCAGGCGGACGUGCGGCCCACGCUGGAGAUGCUGCGCAACGCCGGGAUCAAGAUAUGGAUGCUAACAGGCGAUAAACUCGAGACAGCUACUUGCAUUGCCAAAAGUUCACAUCUGGUGUCUAGAACACAAGAUAUUCAUAUUUUCAGACAGGUAACCAGUCGGGGAGAGGCACAUUUGGAGCUGAAUGCAUUUCGAAGGAAGCAUGAUUGUGCACUGGUCAUAUCUGGGGACUCUCUGGAGGUUUGUCUAAAGUACUACGAGCAUGAAUUUGUGGAGCUGGCCUGCCAGUGCCCCGCCGUGGUGUGCUGCCGCUGCUCGCCCACGCAGAAGGCCCACAUCGUGACACUGCUGCAGCAGCACACAGGGAGACGCACCUGCGCCAUCGGUGAUGGAGGAAAUGAUGUCAGCAUGAUUCAGGCAGCAGACUGUGGGAUUGGGAUUGAGGGAAAGGAGGGGAAGCAGGCCUCGCUGGCGGCCGACUUCUCCAUCAGGCAGUUCCGGCACAUUGGCAGGCUGCUCAUGGUGCACGGACGGAACAGCUACAAGAGGUCAGCGGCACUCGGCCAGUUCGUCAUGCACAGGGGCCUUAUCAUCUCCACCAUGCAGGCUGUGUUUUCCUCAGUCUUCUACUUUGCAUCCGUCCCUUUGUAUCAGGGCUUCCUCAUGGUGGGGUAUGCCACCAUAUACACCAUGUUCCCAGUGUUCUCCUUAGUGCUGGACCAGGACGUGAAGCCAGAGAUGGCGAUGCUCUACCCGGAGCUGUACAAGGACCUCACCAAGGGAAGAUCCUUGUCCUUCAAAACCUUCCUCAUCUGGGUUUUAAUCAGUAUUUACCAAGGUGGCAUCCUCAUGUACGGGGCCCUGGUGCUCUUCGAGUCCGAGUUCGUCCACGUGGUGGCCAUCUCCUUCACCGCACUGAUCCUGACCGAGCUGCUGAUGGUGGCGCUGACCGUCCGCACAUGGCACUGGCUGAUGGUGGUGGCCGAGUUUCUCAGCCUGGGCUGCUACGUGUCCUCACUCGCUUUUCUCAAUGAAUAUUUUGGUAUAGGCAGAGUGUCUUUUGGAGCUUUCUUAGAUGUUGCCUUUAUCACCACCGUGGCCUUCCUGUGGAAAGUGUCGGCGAUCACCAUGGUCAGCUGCCUCCCGCUGUAUGUCCUCAAGUACCUGAGGCGCAAGCUGUCUCCGCCAAGCUACUGCAAGCUGGCCUCCUAAGGGGUUGUGCACCCCCAGCGGGCUGGUCCCAGCACCUUCUGCCCUUUCCAGUGGACACAGGGUUUGCCAUUUCUACCAAGCGAGCACCACGAGAAAGGGAGGGUACGCCAGGCGAGCCCAGGGCACCGAUGCCGGGACGGCCUGUCCCUCUCAGUGCAGGGACGUCACCCCUGCCAGGUGAGCCCAGGGCACAGAUGCCAGGACGGCCUCUCCCUCUCAGUGCGAGGCUUCAACCCUGCUAGGCGAGCCCAGGGCACAGAUGCCAGGACGGCCUCUCCCUCUCAGUGUGGGGCUUCACCCCUGCUUUUCUUUCUUCUUUUGUGUUUGUCAAAAUCCUAUUUCCAUAUUGAAGCAGCUUGAGUUUCUACUGAAAAUGAGCCCAAAUUAUUUUACUGUUACUGUAAAGGGUUUAUCUUACUCUGGCAUUCUAAGAAUUAGAAUGAAAGUUUAAUUUCUGCAAUUCCCUAACAUUCAAAUUCUUUCUUUGAUGUUAUAAUACACAGUCAUUCCUACUCAAAUGUAAUAAAAUUGAGGCUCCACGGAGGCCUGUGUCCACACCAGCUGCAGCUCCUGCUCA